GGGGGGGCGAGAGUCUACACGUUUGCAAAUAUUACGCAGUGUAGCUGCGGGGCGCGACUCCUGUGAGGCGAAGGGGUGGGCGUUUGGGGUGUAGGAGAGAGAGAGAGAGAGAGGGAGAGAGAGAGUGAGGGGUUUUUUUUUAAGACAACUUCCAGACACUUUUAGUCACUUCAGGAGAAAUAUGAGCUGCUGUUGGGAGUUCAUGAUUUUCCAGGCGAUUUUAGUGGGUUUCGUGUCGUGUAACGCGCCGCCCGUCCCAUUAGACGACAUCUCGGUGGAGAGGAGCUUCGAGCCCGAGCGCUGCGUCCGGGCGGUGAGGGCGGGAGACUUUGUCCGCUAUCACUAUCACGGCACGUUUCCCGACGGGAAGAAGUUCGACUCCAGCUAUGACAGAGGCUCCACAUACAAUGUAUUUGUGGGUAAAGGGCAGUUGAUCGCCGGGAUGGAUAAAGGUUUGAUCGGGAUGUGUGUGAACGAGAGACGCUUUAUAAAGGUUCCCCCUCACCUCGCGUACGGCAAUGAAGGAGUUCCCGAUGUAAUCCCCGCCGAUGCUAUUUUAUAUUUCGAUGUGCUGAUGCUUGACAUCUGGAGUCCUGAAGAUAAAGUUCAGAUCGAUGCUUAUUACAUCCCAGAAAACUGCACACGCACAGUCCAGGUGUCAGAUUUUGUGCGUUACCAUUACAAUGGCACUCUGCUCGACGGUACCCUGUUUGACUCCAGCCUCAAUCGCCUGCGGACCUAUGACACCUAUGUUGGAAUCGGCUGGCUGAUCGCUGGUAUGGACGAGGGGCUGUUGGGUAUGUGCAUAGGAGAGGAGAGAAUCGUCACUGUCCCACCUUUCCUGGGAUAUGGAGAGAAGGGAGACGGAAGAGACAUACCUUCGCAGGCUACCCUGGUGUUUGACAUACUUUUGAUUGACUUCCACAAUCCUAAAGACCUUAUUGCCAUUGAGACGGAAUUUGUCCCUGAUCCCUGUCCCAGGAAGAGUAAAGCAGGGGAUUUUGUUAGGUAUCAUUACAAUGCCACACUUAUGGAUGGUACUUUAUUUGAUUCAAGCUAUUCCCGGAACCACACCUAUGACACAUACAUCGGAAAAAAAUUUGUUAUUGCAGGGAUGGAUGAAGGGCUACUAAAUGUGUGUUUUGGAGAGCGAAGAAGGAUAAUCAUACCACCUCAUUUGGGAUAUGGUGAAGAGGGAAUAGAUGGAAAGAUUCCUGGCUCUGCUGUCCUUGUUUUUGAUAUCCACAUGAUUGAUUUCCAUAACCCAUCUGAUGAAGUAGCCAUUAAAACCUAUCAUAAACCCAGUGACUGCGGGGUGUUGUCCAAAAAAGGAGAUUAUGUCAAGUAUCACUAUAACGUAACACUGAUGGAUGGGACAAAGUUAGAUUCUACGCACCUCUAUGGGAAAACCUACAACAUUGUCCUGGGAUCUGGCCAAGUGGUUUUGGGGAUGGACUUAGGCCUCAGAGAUAUGUGUGUCGGAGAGAAACGAACCAUUGUUAUUCCACCUCACCUGGGUUAUGGAGAAAAAGGAGUCGCUGGGGAGGUGCCUGGGAGCGCUGUGUUAGUUUUCGAUGUUGAAAUGAUGGAAUUGGAUGCAGGCCUCCCAGACGGUUACAUGUUCAUCUGGAACCAAGAAGUUUCUCCAGAUCUCUUCAAAGAGAUGGAUAAGAAUGAAGAUAAAGAGGUUAUUUUAGAGGAGUUUUCCAAAUAUAUCCUGGCUCAAGUAGCAUCUGGCAAUGGGAAGCUGGCCCCUGGGUUUGAUCCAGACAAAAUUAUUGAAAAUAUGUUCACAAACCAGGACCGGAAUGGGGAUGGCAAGAUUACUGCUAACGAAUUCAAGCUGAAAGAUGAGGAGAACAACCAUCACGAUGAGCUUUAAACCAAACAGUGCAAAUCUAUGCUGCUACUGAAUGGAGGAGUAAAGGGUUACAGGUGUUUUUUGGCUUGGAGGUGGGUUAUAUCCAUGUUUCACUGAACAACAGUGAUAACCUACUGGCUAAUAGCUGCAAAACAGUAUUGUAGGUUUGUUACAACAAACGUACUAAUCCCACUGGUUCAUUUACUCUGUGAAGGAUACAACCAAGCUUGAAUAAGGUAUUGUGUUCACACAAAUUGUGGAUUUACUUCCUGGUAAUGUUUUUAUUGACGUAAGGUGUUCCUAAGGUGUUUGCGAGGUGUUUUUUUGUAUUUGUAUUUUUCAGUAGUUGGGAAGACAAUUAUAGAUAAUGAUCUUUUAGCCCUCACCCUCCUAUCACGAUGGCGCUCUACAUUCCGGGUACAUAUGAUGUUUUGCUUGAUACCUAAUUUCACAUUGAUUUUAAUACACAUUGACAAUCAGAACUCCUGAGCCAAAGCAAAGUUAAUCUUCCAUCAGUUUUGACCGCAUAUUUAUCAUAUAAUCAUACAAUGAUGAGUUGUUGCACUUCUUGUCAUUCUGCACCAUUCAUUAAAAUACUAUUACAUUGUCAUUGGAUUCUGCAGACUUAGAAUCGGUAUUGCAUGUGGAAUACAGGGGGAGAUGUUUAAAGCCUAACAAUCAUGAAAGUAAGCACCACUGACAAUUAUUUUGUACAUCCUCAGUUUGCCAGUAAUUAAAUAUGUUUACUUACUUCAUUGAUUAAAUGAGCAUAAAGGAAAAUAUCACCAGUUCCUUUAGUCAUGUUUGACCUUUGAUUUAAGAGGGCUCCGUACCCAUAAAUUCAAAAAGUUGUGAGAUUGUGAGUUAUUUAACAAUCCCAGAAUUUGUAACACAUAUGCUAUAUAUACAUUCAAGGCUAGCAAAUGCAUCAGAGAUGAUAAUAUGGUUUCAUAGUUGUGAUCACAUAUUCCUUGUUGUACCAACAGUGAUACCAUGUGCAAACCCCCACAACCAACCAAAUUAUUUUCAUUUUCCUAUUCCUCUGCUUUGCUGCAUAACUUUGUGCUUUAAACUCCAGUCGAAAAUUACUGACCAAAAAGGUGCAAGUUCACAUCACCUGAUCGCACAAAUCCAAUUGUGGCAGAGUCAGAGCAGGAUGUGAAAUAAAAUGAUGCACUCCAAAACAUUAUUUAGAAUUACUUGAUCCCCUUUUACAUUAUGCAAUUUGAUGGUAAACAUCAAGUUAGUUUGCAAUAAAUCCCUCACAACAUGACUGACAACACACACAAAUUAGUUAUCAAUUUAUUUUUGUAGGUCAUUAGUGGCUAACAUACAACUUCUAUUUAUCUGUAUGUUAGUAUUAUUUUUCCACUGCUGUGAUAUGAAAUAGCACUGUCUUCAUUUCUGCUAUAUACUGUGCUCCAACGAUUAAUGACCUUCCACAAUUCCUGCAGCUUACAAGAUUGUGUAUCCGUCAGACCAUGCAUAUACCAAGUCAUGAAAAUAGGUGCUGAUCAACUUAUUGUGUCAUUUACAAGGGGUCCCUCAGGAAUGCAUACUUGAUCCCACUCAGUUUCUUGCAUACAGUAUAUUACUGCCCCAGUGGAUGUGGAAAGUGAUUAUUUAUGGUGCCACCCUCUGCAGUGGUUGUCUCCAUCUGAGAGAAAAAGCGUACUUAAAUCAAUCGACAAAUGUUAUCUUCAAGAUCAAAAACCAAGUUAAUCAUUCUGUCUGGAAACAUUAACUGGUAGUGCACACAAACCUCAGGUCUUUGUGAAUUGCAGACUUUCUUCAGCACAUUUGCCAGGUAGCCACAUCUCAUGUAACAAGUUACAAGAUUGGUAAAGUGGAAAUUCUCAACAAAGAUUUAACUGACAUACUCUCAGCAAUUUUUAUUGAUGAGAGUAGUGAACUCUUUUUUAUUUAAAGAUGAGUAUCCAUAUCCAUUCAUUGAAUAUUUGUAGUUCUAUUUAUCAGGUUGAACAGAGAAUGUUCACUUUUUCCUGAAUGCAUUUAUAGUCCAAAGCCAUUCAGACCAGGCCAAGAUUUGGACUAUUUUGUCCCCCUUUGACACACUAGUCCAAACAUUGUAGUUACAGCUCAGGUGUCAGCCUUCAGUAUUACUGUGUUCAAGGCUUGCUAGCACUUAGACUGAACUUUCUUGUUUACAGUUGGGAACACAAGGUACUUUCAGCAGCACCUCAAUAUUUAGAAUUGAUAGAAUAAGUCCAGAUACAAUUGUAGUAACAAACUUUCACUAUAUUUUCUGUGAAAUGCAUCCAGAUUUGCGUAAAACUCUGCCCCUUGUACUCAAGUUGAAAUGUAGAGGCGAUACUUGUUGAGCCAGUCAAGUUCUGGCAAAUAUUAAGUUACAGGAUAUGUUAACCCAAUGACGCUUCUCCAGGCAUUGAUUCCAGCAAUCACCAGUCAAUUUUAUGUAACAUUUUACCUUUUCGUGGUUGUCUUGUGCUGGAUCCUAUUAUUUCACUUAAUACUGUCUUGUAAUUAAAUUAAAAGCACCGUAACUAUUCUGACUGAAGCAAAUAGUUGAAAAAGCCUGUCAUUUUUGGAAGGAAUUCUUUUCUGGAAAUACAAUUGUCUGAAAGAAAUUCCAACAACAAUUUCUCAAAACGUGUUUGACUUUGCAUUUUGGCAAAAACAAAAUCUAAUUUUAAUUGUGAAAUUAAAUUGCAUUGGUUUUUAUUGUUUCUUCUGGGUGGUAGUUUAGUACAGUUCCAGGAAUAUCAGGGCAGAUCGUGAAUAGAUAGGUUUGGGUAAAGAAAACUAGUUUUUUGUUAGCUCUGUGUUUUUUUUCUUAAAGUAAAUUUUAUUGUUCUUUUUUCCCCAAAAGUUAGCAGGAUUUUAAUAUCAGCGAACUUUUAUGAAAGAUGCAGAAAUCACAUUGCGGUACCGAUUACAAAAAUUGUAUUGUGUUGGAAACAUGUUUCCUUAGGGACCAAGGUUUUUCACGAGUUAUACAUCUUGAAGUAUCGCUCUUGGUAACUAUUGCGGUCUUUCACUUGCUUUACACAGAGCACCAUGACUUACACGUUUUUUAAAUCCAAGUUCAUUUUUAAAUCUGAACAGUUUUUUUUGGCUUUGUAAACCUUUUCUAUUGAAUAAAUACCCUUGUGUUUGGUA